UGAAUACUACUAGAACGACCAAGUGACGUCAGCUACAGACGCUCGAGGAUUUGAUUGGUGGAAUACUUCUGGGGUCACCGUUUCACUUCCGUGUCACACAGCGAACAUGGCGGAUAAAGAAAAGAAGAAAAAGGAGAGCAUCUUCGACUUGUCAAAAUACAUCGACAAGCCAAUUCGUGUGAAGUUUCAAGGAGGACGAGAGGCCAGCGGUGUCCUGAAGGGUUUCGAUCCUCUGUUGAACCUGGUGUUGGAUGGUACUAUCGAGUACAUGCGUGACCCAGAUGACCAGCUGAAGCUGACAGAAGACACCAGGCAGCUGGGUCUGGUGGUCUGCAGAGGAACCUCCGUUGUGCUAAUCUGUCCACAGGACGGCAUGGAGGCUAUACCAAACCCUUUCGUACAGCAACAGGAUGGCUAAUACGCAACCGAUCAUUCGCUUCAUUCACUCACACCCACACAACCAUGCACACACUUUGUGGUGUUUUUUUCUGUUGUUUAAAUUUUAAAGGAAACAUAACUGUAUUAUUGUGUCAAACCCAGCAAAUUUCUGUUGAUAAUCAUAAGUUGUACAGCAAAUGGGCGCUUGGAAGCACUUCAGCUUUGUUUGUCUGUUGUGUGAAAAGAUUUGAGUUGUAAAGAGCCCACGAGUUUGGGAAGAGUUAACCGUACCAUUUUCUUUUAUCCUCAAUAAGAAACUUUUUACUAUUCUUUGUUGUUUUUGAUAAUAAAAUAAAAAUAAAUCUAU